AUGAAUCUCGCCGCCGCCUUUCCGAUCUUCAUCUCCGUGCUGCUGCUGCCCGCCCACGGCCUCUACAUCUCCAGUAGCCUAGAUGCCCUGCAGCAUGUGCUGGGGGACUAUGGACUGGUGAGGCCUGUACUGAGCGAUGGGCAGGGCCGUUUCCUUUCACAUGCGGUAUCGGCAGACGCAGCUCGCGGGCAGUUCCGUAGGCGCCGGCGAAGAGAGGCGGAAACAGCAGAUAAGCCGCAAGGAGAAAGGCUCUACUACAAUGUCACCGUCUUCGGCCGGGAGUUCCACUUACGCCUGCGACCCAACACGCGCCUGGUGGCUCCCGGAGCAAAGAUGGAGUGGCAGACAUCAGGUGGCACCACAUUUAAGCCAUUAAACACCGACUGCAUGUACGUGGGCGACAUCACGGAUGUACAGGGAGCUUCGGUGGCCAUCAGCAACUGUGACGGCCUGGCAGGAAUGAUCCGUACGGAGCGGGAGGAGUUCUUCAUCGAGCCUGUGGAGACGGGACAUCAUGUGAUAGAGCAGGAGGACGGUGGUGGUGGACGUCCUCACAUUGUGUACCGCUCUGCUGCCGUGAAGAAGCCUCCCUUCAGCCCGCUAGCCGCAGACUUACAUUCCAAAGGUGCUGAUUUAAAUGGUCUAAUAGACCUGGAGACUCUGUAUGAGGGAGUGGAACGCAGUGCAAACCAGAGUCAGAGAAUACGUCGUCAGUCUCCCGAACGAGCCUACAACAUUGAAGUGCUGCUAGGGGUCGACGAUUCAGUGGUGCAGUUUCAUGGGGCACACCAUGUGGAGAAGUAUCUUCUUACACUGAUGAACAUUGUGAAUGAAAUCUACCAUGACCAUUCUCUUGGAGCACGUAUUAAUGUGGUUCUCGUCCGGAUCAUAUUGGUGGACGCCAAAAAGUCAUCGAAUCUUAUUGAACUGGGAAACCCAUCUCAGAGUUUGGAGAAUGUGUGCCGUUGGGCAUUUGAGCAGCAGAGGAAGGACAACAAUGACAAAGAAUACCAUGACCAUGCCAUUUUCCUGACACGUCAAGAGUUUGGUCCUACGGGAAUGCAGGGUUAUGCUCCUGUGACUGGCAUGUGCCAUCCAGUAAGGAGUUGCACCCUGAACCAUGAGGACGGCUUCUCUUCUGCAUUUGUGGUGGCCCAUGAGACCGGUCAUGUGCUGGGAAUGGAGCACGAUGGGCAGGGGAAUAGGUGUGGGGACGAGGUGCAGAUGGGUAGUAUCAUGGCUCCUCUGGUGCAGGCUGCCUUCCACAGAUUCCACUGGUCUCGUUGCAGCCAGCAGGAGCUGGGUCGCUACCUACACUCAUAUGACUGUCUUAGGGAUGAUCCAUUUGAGCACACAUGGGAGGAGCUGCCUCAGCUGCCCGGUCUACACUAUUCUAUGAAUGAACAGUGUCGUUUUGACUUUGGUGCCGGAUACAUGAUGUGCACAGCGUACCGAACGUUUGAUCCCUGUAAGCAGCUGUGGUGUGCCCAUCCAGACAAUCCUUUUUUCUGCAAGACCAAGAAAGGACCCCCAAUUGAUGGCACUAUAUGUGGGGAUGGCAAGCACUGCUUUAAAGGGCAUUGUGUGUGGCUGACCCCAGACAUCAUAAAGCAGGAUGGAAACUGGGGCAUGUGGAGUGAGUUUGGUGCGUGCUCUCGACCUUGCGGCAGAGGCCUGCAGUUCCGCACCCGUGCAUGUGACAAUCCACGUCCUGCUAAUGGUGGGCGAUCCUGCACUGGCUCCAACUACCAGUUCCGGGUGUGUAACACCAAAGAAUGUGAGAAUCCAUAUCAGGACUACAGGGCUGAGCAGUGUAGCAUGAUGGACAAUAAAUUCGAGUAUCAUAACAGGAAACACCACUGGCUGCCUUAUGAACACCCUGACCCUAAACAGCGCUGCAUUUUGUACUGCCAGUCCAAAGAGACUCGAGUGGUGGUGAACAUGCAGGAGCUUGUGGAACCAGGCAUCCGCUGCUCCUACAAAGACCCCUACAGUGUGUGUAUGUAUGGAGAAUGUGAGAAAGUAGGCUGUGAUAACUUGGUCGGCUCACCGCUUCAAGACGAUAACUGUGGUGUGUGCGCUGGGGAUGGAACUAGGUGCAAAACCCACAAGUUCAACUUCAACUUCACUAACAAGAAAGGUGUUAUUAAAGUUCUUGAAGUUCCACGAGGAGCACGGCAUCUCCUUAUUCAGGAACUCAAUGGAACAUCACAUAUUUUGGCUGUGAAGAACAAAGCAUCUGGUGAUUUCUUCCUGAACUCUCAUGGAGAUUUUCCAGAGACCCGUUCAGUCAUUGAAAAAGGGCUAGAGUGGGAGUACGAGAACAAAAACAAUAAGGACACCAUUCAGACCAGUGGACCUCUGAAAAAUGAUGUUGUUGUCAUGAUCCGGAUGCAUGGCUCAGCACAAGUAAAGGUGUCAAUUAAAUACAUUACUGACAAUGACAAGCCAAGUGAUGGUGCUAGUGAGAACAACAUGGUGCCUGACUAUGCAGUGCCAUACUCCUGGGUGGUGAAGAAAUGGACCCCAUGCUCCAAGACCUGUGGUGCAGGCACACAGAUGACCCGCUAUGGCUGCCGGAAAAAUUCUGAAAUGAGGCUGGUGCAUCGACGCUUUUGUGAAAAGCUGAGGAAGCCUUCAGUAAUGUACAGAGACUGUUACAUACGGGAAUGUGCUCAACCUAUUUGGGUGGCUGGAGAGUGGGGGGAGUGCAGUAAGACCUGUGGUCGAUUCGGGACCCAGACUCGGUCAGUGCGGUGUGUUCAACCACUCGGAGACGGAAAGUUCAAAUCGAUCCGGAGUCGAUACUGCAGCGAUGAACGACCUGAGGCAAGACGCGAGUGCAACCGCAUGCUCUGUCCUGCUGAGUGGAAACUUGGCCCAUGGUCACAGUGUUCUUUGACAUGUGGUAACGGGACCCAGGAAAGGCAGGUGCUCUGUCACACUAGUGAUAACGCUAUCGGACUCUGUCUGGAAUCAAAACCUGCAGCACAAAGAACCUGCAGCAUUGAGCCAUGCCCAAAGGGCAUGUCUGACUUCAACACUCACGGCAACUUCCUGAUUCAGUGGCUGUCUCGUCAUGACCCUAAGUACCCAGUGCAGAGGUUCUCAAAACCGCGAUGCAACACUGACCGCUCUUUUUUUUGCACCAUGGACAUUCUGCAGCAGUACUGCAAACAGCCAGCCUUCCAGCGCAUCUGCUGCAAAUCCUGUAGCACAAAUGCAACUAAUACAGCUCCUUUUGUGGAGCCUCGGCAAACUAUACCAACACUGGUCUCGAGGAAGCACUCCAACUCGACAAGUAACCCCAACUUAACGAUGAAAAUCACCUCACCUGGUGUUAAUAGAUUCACUAGUACCACUACAGCAACCAGUUUAUUUAACACCACAUGGGCAUAUACACCAUUUGCAACAGUCGAAGCUACAACUCCAAGCAUUUCUGCAGCGCCAACCAAAAUUACAAUCUAUACAGAAACCAGUGCAUUUAGCACAGAUGGAACCAAUAGUGGUAUUGUCGCCAAAAACGAGGAAUAUUACAACCUGGAGACCAGCACCGCACAGAACUUUAAUGAACCUCAAGCUGGCAGUGGUGCCCAUUCUGAGGAGGAUGAACCUGCAACCCAAGCCAAUCAGAAUGAUAAUACAAUUACUUUAGGUUGGCAUGAGGCAGCAACAGUUAUUGAAACCAGCAAAUCAGUAAUACUGACAACACCAGUGCCAAUCAAUGACAAAAUAUUUCAACAUGAAGAAACAAUAGAAACAUUAUUAAUCACAGAGCCAAGCACGACAAUGCAAAUCAUCACAAUGCCUACCACAAUGACCACAUCAACAGUUACCUGGCCACCCAACCGAGAAGAAGAUAACAAUGCCAUUGAGGUUCCCUUCCAGACUGUCAACAUAGAAAAUGAUUUGCCAGAGAACAAUAUAAUUCUGAGGAAAAGCCGUGUAUUCUUGCGUGAAAGAACACGCAACAAACGCAUUCAGGAGCUGCUUGAGGAAAAGAGAAACUAUUUACGCAGAAUAAAAAGAGGUGAGGGUGUUUGAGCCUGCUUUCUCUUAUUGAGACAAACAACCCUU